AUGAAGCCUCUCCUCAUUGUGCUUGUCUUGCUCUUCUUUUGGGACCCAGUGGUGGCAGGCUUGAAUCCACUGGCAUCAGAAAUGCACAGGAAAUGCUAUGGGAAUGGUAUCUGCAGACUUGAGUGCUCUACAAGUGAAAUGUUAGUUGCCUACUGUAUGUUUCAACUGGAAUGCUGUGUCAAAGGAAACCCAGACCCCUGA